GUUUAAGAAUUAAAAUGGCACUUCACUCUCUUCUUCCCUGUAGCCGGGGGUGGAAGGUGUGGUUUAAAUGACUGAUCGCCUGCCUUCAGUGUAUAUAUAUGUAGAGUACCGAUUCACUGGUGUUCAUUGGCAUCUUACUUACGCGCCCUUGUAACUGGAGUGUCUUUGGUGUUUACGCGGUGCUGUUAUUGACAAGCACGAGCCGCCGGGACGAGAAAGCUGACAAAAAAGUAUCUCGUUUGGGGCAUAUCGUUUCCCCCUGUGUUAUUGUAGUCGCACGGCAGCGAUAUUUCUUUGCUGUCUACCCGCAUCCGAGCCUCCUUUUAGGCAUCACGACGCUACCUUUACCUGCUGUGGAGUUAGCAGGAUAGUUGGGUCACUUGGACAGGUUACAUCAGACCUCUCGUCGUAUUAGUGCCAUAGCCGUUGCCAACGGGUACGACCACCGGGAUUCACCAUGUCCCGUUCCGAAGACCUACACAGACUCACCGAAAAUGUGUACAAGACAAUCAUGGAACAGUUCAAUCCCAGCCUGCGGAACUUUGUUUCAAUGGGAAAAAACUAUGAAAAGGCACUGGCAAGUGUGACAUUUGCAGCCAAGGGCUAUUUUGAUGCUUUGGUGAAAAUGGGAGAGUUGGCAAGCGACAGCCAAAGUUCCAAGGAGCUUGAAGAGGCAGCAUGGGAUGUGCUAUUCCAGAUGGCAGAAGUUCACAGACAGAUUCAAAUGCAGCUUGAAGAUAUGCUAAAAUCUUUCCAUAGUGAACUGCUAUCUCAGCUGGAACAGAAAGUAGAACUAGAUGCCAGAUACCUGAGUGCUGCACUAAAAAAGUACCAGACAGAGCAUAAAAACAAGGGAGAUGCCCUUGAGAAAUUUCAGGCAGAAUUGAAGAAACUGCGGAGAAAAAGUCAAGGAAGUAAAAACCCACAGAAGUACUCUGAAAAAGAGAUUCAGUAUGCAGAAGCAAUCAACAACAAACAGGGCGAAAUGGAAGGCUAUAUAACUGAUGGGUACAAAACAGCCUUAAUGGAGGAGAGGAGAAGGUUCUGCUUCCUAGUAGAUAGGCAGUGCUCACUUGCCAAGAACACCAUUGGCUAUCACAGCAAGAGCAAAGAUGUGUUGGCACAGAAGCUUCCUUUAUGGCAACAGUCCUGUGCAGAUCCAAGCAAGAUUCCUGAUCGUGCAAUGUAUCUUGCACAACAGUCAUCUGGAAGUGCGUCUCUCAUUUCUGGUCCAUUAUCUGCCUCCAAGUCAAGUCUAGUCAUAUCUGACCCAAUUCCUGGUGCCAAACCUCUUCCAGUGCCUCCAGAGCUUGCACCCUUUGUUGGGGGUGGAGGUGUGCCCAUUGGUUCAAAUAUAACAGGGCAGGAUGUUCCUCCAGUGAUGAAUGGCAUCUCUGGUCCUCACAGUGAAGAUUAUAAUCAUUGGGCUGAGGGGAAAACUAUGCAGAUGAAGGCUCCUUCACCAUCCCAGCCAUCUAAACAGUUCAGUGAUACCUACUCAAACACACUCCCAGUACGGAAAACUGCACCAUCUAAACACGGUCAUGGAACAUCUGAAAACAAGACCUUGCCUCGCUCUAGCUCUGUGGCUGCAGGCUUGGAAAAGAAUGGAAGGAUAAGGGUACAAGCCAUUUUCUCACAUGCAGCAGGAGACAACGGCACUCUUCUUAGCUUCAGAGAAGGAGAUAUUAUCACACUUCUUGUGCCAGAAGCCAGAGAUGGGUGGCAUUAUGGAGAAAGUGAGAAAACCAAAAUGAGGGGCUGGUUUCCUUUCUCUUACACUAGAGUUUUAGAAGACGGCGAGCAGAGUGGCAGGCUACGUAUUUCACAUCAUCAUCAUGGGAAAAGCAGUAGCACCGGUAACCUACUAGAGAAAGAAGACUUUUCUGUUCCUCCUCCAGAUUAUGGGACUGCUUCUCAUAGCUUUUCACAGAGUGCCUCCAGUUCAUUCAGACAAAGACCACACAGCAUGGCAGUGCCUCAUUCUCAGGGUCUUGAGGAACAUGGAGCAAGGCCUGACAGCAGCGGCAAUGGCAGAUUGGUAUCCACUGUGUGAGGACAGCCUUGAAUAGACAUGGCAACUGCUGCUUUGAAGAGCUUCUUUCUGCUUUUCUUCUCCUUUUUCCUUUUCUCUUCCCUCCUGUUUCUUUUCAUCAUAUUGUUUGGUGAUGCUCGAGAUCUGAUGGUGCUGUAGAAAAAAACAAUAUUAAAUUUACAUUUGAAGCAUUUCAGAGCAGAGACUGCCACAUAAAGUGAUAAUUUUAGCUAAUAAAGUUAUAAUUUUAGCUGUGUAUGCAUGUAUAUACAUAUGUGUAUAUAUAUAUAUAUAUAUAUAUAUUUAUAUAUGUAGGAACACCACUUAUAUCUUUUUUAUAAACUAACUUUAUCCCUUUUCUAAUUACCUUAAAGCCAUAUUUCUAAAACGUUUCUGCUUAAUAUGUCUCCCAAUGAAAACUAAUUCUGGCAGGCUUUGGUACAUAAUAUCUGGACCAUUUUUCACAAAUGUCUGCUUUGUGAUAUUGGCUUUCCUGUAGGUUCAGGGUUAUAGUCUUCCAGCAUUAAUUCCAUUUUCAGUGUUUAUGCUUAAUACUGUGUACAUUGGGAUGACCUCUAACAUUUGUAAUAUGGCAUCUUUAAAUAUUCAAUAAACAUUUCUCCCACCCAAAAAGCUGCAGUGGUGAAGUCCCAUAGAGCUUUCUGAGAAUAAAUCACUGUUAGCCUCCCUGUUAUUUUGGGGCAAGAUUACCAGACCAGUUACCAGUUUACAGUCCAUUCACUACAAAAUGUGUGAAUGUUGGAUUUAUGUUUUACAUUGCCUUCUUAGUACUGCACUUUUACAGUAUUCAUGUAGCUUAAACACACAAAGAAUCCAAAGAGUAAUUUUAUUAAUUGGAAAUCUUGAGAUAAAAUUUUAAUAGUAUUGCCUUUUUAUUUUGUUUAAUUUCUUAAACUUUGUCAAUCUUCUUUGUGUGUCUUGAUAAAUUUAGAGGCAAACACAGUGGGAUUGGGAUUAGUGGCUACUGGUAUUGCUUCUUCAAAAACUGGGAAGUGUGACGUACACCCCCAUCCCAACAGAAUAAAGACUUAAAAGCCCUUCAGAUCCUGUGGCAGUCUUCAGUACAAAAAAACUGUAAAUGGUUCUUUUGUGAACAGCUAGUGUUCUAUCUUGUUUGUUACAAGGAGAUUUACUGUCUGCGUUUUCACCAGGUGCAAUAUAUUACCAGUUGUAUUUUUAUAUACUGGAAGUUUUAUUAAUGAUGCUGUAUAAUUUAACUGCAUUGUUAUAUUUGAAAUUUCUAACAAGUGUAUAUUACAUGUAUAUAACUGUAUAUGCAAGUGUAGUAUAAACAUGUAAAGAGAGGCAGAUUAAGGUAAAAUUGUAUGGUGAUGUAAAAAUGCUACCUUUUUUUAGAAACAGAGGAAUAUACUCUGAAGUGUUUUUAUAAUAAAAAUAUAAUUUAUUUCAA